UCGUGCAUGACUAGUUCUGAUUAGUUCUGCGGUGUCACGUGUGCUUAACUACUCUAUCAUUUCUGUCUCGAUGUUGCACGAGCUAGGUCAGUGGCAACGACGUACGGAUCGGUCGAUGCUCAUGGACGACAUGGACGACUCUCGCCUGUUCAUGCAGUGGGCGGUGAGCACACUGGAGCAGCAGGAUCCAGGAGGAGCCGACGGCGGCAGCGAGAAGAGCGCCGGCUUCCCGUGUCUCCAGGCGCUCCGCGAUUCCUCGGAGCUGACCGAAGCACAGAACAGUCUGAGCUCCGGCGAUGACACCAGCGGCGGUGGAGGAAUCAUCACUCCAGCCCCCGAUUCGGCUGUGCACCAAGGCAGUUGGUCCAUGUCGUCCCCGACCUCGGGCGGGCCGUUCGCGCCCCCUGGCAUUAGCAGCACCGGCACCGGCACCAGCAACGCCCUGUCCAUGAGCUGGAACUUCGGCGCUGUCUUGCCGCCGCAGCCGGUCAGCAGCGGUGGCGGGGGCACGCUGGCCGCCGGGGCGCCGCUUCGUUCCUGCGUGUCACAGCCGACAAGGAGGGCAUCCACAAAGAGCACGCCGUACGCGCAAGACCACAUCAUGGCGGAGCGGAAGCGCCGGGAGAAUAUCAACCAGAGCUUCAUCGAGCUCUCCGCUCUCAUUCCCGGCCUCAAGAAGAUGGACAAGGGGACGAUUCUUGCCGACGCCACCAUAUUCGUGAAGGAGCUCCAAGAGAGGGUAAAGUACCUGGAGGCUGCCGGCGGCAACCACAGGAGCGUUGAGACCGUGGUGCUCGUCAGGAAGCUGUGCCGCCCUGUCGCGCCAGACGUCGGCGAGAGCUCCGCACGGUUCCUCUUGGCGGCCGGGACGCCAGCAAUUGGAAACCAGCUGCCGGAGAUCGAGGCAAAGCUCUCGGGGGACAACGUCAUGGUGAGGAUCCACUGUGAAACAAAUGGAAAAGGUCUGGUCUCCAGGGUUCUUGCGGAGGUCGAGGAGCUCCACCUCCGCAUCAUCCACAACGAUGUGAUGCCGUUCACGGCGUCCACCGUGAUCAUAACCACCAUGGCAGAGGCAAGUUAUGAUGAGUAAUACUAGCUGGCGUACGUUAUCCAGGUAUGCACACAAUGCUCAAUUGGAAUCGUUAGCUUGAUUUGUACCCUUUAGAAAAUUCAAACCUAGCUACUAGGCUAGUACCAUGAAAUAAUUGAAGGGGUGUGCCAUUGUUAGAACAUGUCUACAGCUCAAACUAAUAAAAGUGUUGUGGACGUAUGCAUCUCACGCCUAAAAACCAUAGUAAUUUCUUCUCUCUUUUUUGUUUUGCGGAGAAUUUUCUUCUCUCUCAUAUGUUGGAAAUUCUGUAAUCCUGUCGCACUAGUUGUUUAGGUUUGGUUUCAGCAAAUAAACCGGUCCAUGCAACGUGAGCCUGUUCACGGCUGGAUCGGAGCAGUAGCUAGGUAGUUAGCACGUUCUCUUGCGCAUG